AUGGAAAACGAAUCUAAUUCUUCAAACCAGUUGACUGAAAAUAUUGAAAAAGAAGAAGAUAUAAAAAAAACGAAAAUAAAUCCUGAACAAGAUCAAGAACAAAAAGAACCGGAACGAGAAGAACCAUUUAAUAGAAACAUUAAAGUAUAUAAUCCACCAUCACAAGAUGCGUCCUAUUCCAAUAAAAUUAAUCUUCCAGAUUCUUUUUAUGAACUGUCACCAUCAGAGUUGAAGAAUUUAUUGUCAAUGCAAAAUUCAAAACGAUUAGCUUCAGAUAAUGCAGGGUUUAAAACAAGAGCGAUGAGACAAAAGGAAGACGAAGAAAGGGAACGAAAAUAUCCAAAGACUUUGAUCAGAGUAAAAUUUCCAGAUAGUUAUCAAAUGCAAGUUGCUUUCUUGUCAAAAGAACCAGAUAAUGGUCCAUAUUUGUCUGAGGAAUAUCUAAUUAUGAGCGAAGAUCUUCCAAAACCUAUAAAUUUAGAAUCUGAUAAAAAUUCUUCACAUGAUAAUAAAAAAAGUCAUUCGGCUUUUAAAUGGUUAAAACUUGGAGAACAAAUUUUAUUACAAGAAAGUCACCAUGAAAAUGUACAUGGAGACAAAUUUAGAGAAAAAUG